UGUGGCGCACUUCGCCCCGACAGCAUCGCACCAAUAAAACCGCUCAUCCCGGCUUCACCACGACGUCAAUACCACGCGGUAUUCCGCACAGUUCGUCUACCUGAAUUUUCUCCAUUAAAAAAAAAUAAACAAUUAAAGAGGAGAAGAAAUUUAAAAACUGAAAAGGAAAAUAAUUAAAAAAUCUCUUCCAUUUCGUUGCCGAGUCCUCGAGGCUCACCUGAUUUUUCAGGAAAAAAAAAUCCUGUUGAAGCUUUAUUGUACUGACGCGGAGGGAAAAAAAAGCUCACGUCGAGUUUAUUGAGUUCACGUCACGUUUGCCGACGACACGGGAUUUUCAAAUCAACGGUGGUGCACGGUGAAAAGCUUCAAGAGGGAGGGGAAAAAAAUUUUCCGAAAGAAUUGAGAAAGUGAGAGGGCUGGGGGGGUCCUGGGGAGGGGGUGUAAGUGGUGAGGCCACUUUAAAAGAGUCGCAGUGCAACGAAUCUCGGGGACAGAGUGAGAGAGGGAGGAAAAAAGUGGUGAACUCGAGAACAAAAUCCACGGAAGUCUCUUUGUGGUGACUUUUUUUUUUGUCUUAUUUCCUUCGUCCAUUCGUGCGAGGGCCUACUGUUGUGUAUGAAAAGUGAGGAUAUUGGGAGUUUUGUGGGGAUCAAAGUGAAACGUGAUACGGAAGUUUAGGGGUUUUUUUUACUGUUGAGAACAACAAAUGUGAACUGGGGGUUGGAGAAUUAACGUGUUUACGAUUGAGGGGCAUUCAAUUACCGCUGUUGAAGCUAUGGAUUUUCUGCUGCUGCGGAUUUUCCGCAAAUAUCUCACUGUGCGUAUGACUUUCAAGCGAAAUGAGAAACGGUGCAUCCGAAGAUGGGCAGCAAUUUAGCGCGUCACGGUAGCCCAUUUGGCGUCCUCCAGUGCACCAAGGAAGGUGAAGGUCCACUGCGGGUGGGCCAGAGAAACGAUAAUUUGGUACUUUAUUCUGGACUGCUUGCAAAAAAUUCGGAUUUUUCAUUUUGGAAGAUGCAGCACUUUCUUUUAUUGAUGUGCCUUGUCGGCACUGCACUCGGGGAAAAUAGCACCGUGGACGAUGUUUUUGGAAUAACUUCCACCGGAAUUCAUGGAGAAAACGAAGGGGCGGUCUCAUGGGGUGAGUGGUCACCGUGGUCGAAGUGGUCAUCAUGCACCAGAAACUGUGGGGGCGGAAUAUCACGACAGCAGAGACGCUGCCGGCGUAAGCCCUGCAAAGGUAAAUCGUGGAGCAUAAAAUACAAGAUCUGCAACAAUCAGCCGUGUCAAGUACCGAGUGAUUAUCGUGCUGAGCAGUGCACCAAUUUUGACAAUGUACCAUACGGUGGACAGUUGCUAAAGUGGUAUCCCUACUACGAUGAGUCAAAACCGUGCUCUUUGAUCUGUCGUGGAGUACAGGUGGAUAAAGUUACCUCGGAGGCAUCGCCAAGGGAGGCAUUUGACAAGUCCGAGGAAAUUAGAAACAAAAUUGAUGGAACUGGCGGGGGAUCGAUUGAGCCUGGUGAACUGGAGUCUGAUGAAACUUUCGUGGUGCAGUUGGCGGACAGAGUUGAGGAUGGGACCAAGUGUGGGGAUGAGAGUGUCGAUGUUUGCAUUGGAGGGAGCUGCAUGAAAGUCGGAUGUGACAUGAGAGUAAACAGCGGCAAAACUAAGGACGCAUGUGGUGUAUGCGGUGGAAAUGGUUCAAGCUGUCAGCCAAGAUACUCCUGGAGUUUAGAAUCAAUAUCAGCAUGCUCCAAGUCCUGCGGAGGCGGUUUCAAAAUGGCAAUGGCAAUCUGCAAAUCAUCACCAGACGACAGUAUAGUUGACGAGAUCAAUUGCAAUACCGACCAACGACCAACGAAAAUGUCAAUGGCUUGUAACACCCACCCAUGCACCACCAAAUGGGUGACAGGCGAUUGGACGAGAUGCAGUACAACAUGCGGAGGUGGAUCACGAACUCGUGCUGUUUUUUGUACCGAGGAGAAUGGAAAUGAAACAACUAAGCUGCCAGAUCAUCGGUGCAACGCCAGUCAUAAACCGCGUAAUCAAGAGAUGUGCAAUACUAUUUCGUGUCCUAUGUGGGAGACCAAUCAGUGGAGUGAGUGUUCAGCGACCUGUGGUAGUGGUGUAAGAACGCGAAGGAUUGAGUGUAGAGAUGGAAACGGUAGAUUGUCCAACGAUUGCGAUCCAGGGGAGCGUCCACGUGAAGAGCAGGAGUGCAAGAACAGUGUUGAUUGUUCUGCAUAUUCGGGAGAAAUGGCACAGGAGCCCUAUGCAGCCCCGCCUUUGCCAGAGAAAUUAAUUGAUCAACCAGUGCCCUCUGAAUCUACAUUUAUUGCGGACGAAUGGUCGCCAUGUUCGGCCACCUGUGGCGAGGGUAUUCGUCAUCGUCAGGUCCACUGCAAAAUUUUCCUCGAUUUUAGUCGAACAAUAGCUAAACUACCGGACAACCAGUGUGCUGGUCCAAAACCCCCUGAAACAGAGAGGUGUAUGCUACGAGCUUGUCCACCACUGGACAAUAGUCUUUCUUACAGAAUUGAUACUGUAGGAGACAGUGGAUACGAAGAAUCCAAUUUGAUGGAUUCCUAUAGAUCCUCAGGAGGGAGUGGAAGUGACUAUGAGAGCACUGUUAAAGUUGCACCUGGAAACUCGGGACAGACAACCUAUUCAUGGAAGGAAGGUGGAUACAGUGCCUGCACAGCAUCUUGUUUGGGAGGAGUCCAGGAUUUGAUAAUAAACUGCGUACGCGAUGAUACGGGAAAAACUGUGAUUCCCCUUCUCUGCACUAAGGAAACAAAGCCAGAGUCACGCAUUCGUACAUGCAACGAUCACGCCUGUACCCCCAGGUGGAACUACAGUGACUUCUCACCGUGCAGCGUUCCCUGCGGUAUUGGUAUACAAACGCGUUACGUCACUUGCAUACAUGAGGUGGCACGGGGUGCUGGGAAUACGAUAGUCGUACCAAACCAUAUGUGUCAGGCACCACCACCGGUAGACAGGCAGCAUUGUAACGUGUGGGACUGCCCACCAGAAUGGAAACCCAGGAAUUGGGAAAAGUGUUCCAAAAGUUGUGGCGGCGGAGUGAAAAGGAGGGAAGUUGUAUGUGUCCAAGUAAUGGCACAGGGACACGAGAGAACAGUACCUGACCGUGAAUGCCAUGGGAAUAAACUAGCAACUGAAAAGCCUUGUAACACCCGAGCAUGUCACGAAAUCGGAUUGAGUGUGCAACCAGUGAUAUUCAGUCAAAAUUCAACAUUUACCCAGAGAACACCGGAGGAAAAAGUUGAUUUAAAAAUUGGAGGAAUAGCUACUGUAUUUCAAGGGAUACCCAUGGUCAAGAUUCGUUGUCCUGUUAAAAAAUUCAACAAACAGCAAAUUUCGUGGACCAAGGACCGAGCGGAGAUCCGUAAAUCGAGGAAAUACAAAAUUAGUAAGAAGGGAGCUUUGAAAAUUGUGGAUAUUGGGGUGACCGAUGGAGGAGUGUAUUCAUGCAGAGCGGGAGGUACGAGGGCUGAGCUUCGAUUAAUCGUGAGACACCGUACCAGAGAACAAAUGAGUAGUGAGGAAAUUCUGCGAUUUGGUAAUGCCGUUAAUCAUCGUCCGGACAUUAAUUUGGAUCAAUCCUCCAGUUCCGGGGAAAAUCUACAAAUUGACCACGCCGCUCCAGCAUUCCAGGGGGCAUUUGCCUAUGGUAAUGAUGAUCAGAGUCAUGAAUUUAAACCGGAAAUUCCCAGUGCUGCUAAACCCACUAAAAAAUCUCGUGCUCGUAAUCGUCGACCCAAGACAAGUCCACCACCACCUGAUGGUGGAUCACCUGGGGAAUUUUCAGUUACUUCAAUUCAUCAGCCUGGCUAUCACGAGUCCGUGGAGUCAACCGCUUCUUCGGGGGCUAACACCCUUCUGCCAACGUUCAGCCAUCUAAUAUCUACUUUGAAGUCUUACUGGCCCUUCCAAGGAAACAGCGGAUCAUCACGCAACCACCGAACAGUGACAUCGCCCGAUGAAAAUCCCCACGAAAAAAAACGCAAUUUACGUUACGACAGCGGGGAAAAAGAUUUUAGUUUAUUCAAUGACAACACAGUACUCCCUGACGAACCCUUCGGCCCAGACGAGGAGAGAAUAUUCAUCGAUGACGAUCCCUUCGACAUGAACACAGCCAUUCUAUCCCUCGAUCAAAUGGAGGAAGCUAAAAAAUCCACAGAAUCACUGAUCAAGGUUCAUAAUCAGCGUUCAAAUACCAAAGACACCAAAGACUACCUCGAGGAAUCCUUGAAGCAGGCGAAGAGACACAAACACGGAGACAUCGACAAUUACCUCAGGAAUGAACGUGGAGCAAGUCACUCGCACGAGCAUUCAAAGCCACCAGAAACUGAUAGAUAUCAUGAUCAAACCACUCACGCUACUGUCGACACUAGGUCUAACGAGCGCACCCAGGGAGGAACAGAGAUGACAAUUCUGGUGAAUCCGACCAACAUCCCUGAAGACUUCACAACGUCAAAAAGAGAAGAAGAAUCACCAAAGACUGAUUACAUUCAAGCGUCCCUGACGUCAACAUUACCAGCCGAAAGUAUCAAGAAGUCACUCGAGACGUCGACACGCCCUCAGGAGGAUGAUGACAGAGGAUUCGAUUCUGGCAGUGAAAUGGAGCAGACAGAGGACUCUUAUGAAACAGAACUGACCCGUCAAAAAUUCAACAAAAGCGAUACAAUUAAACUGCUGUCCAACAGCUCCAACGGCAGUGAAAUGGUAUCGAGUAAUGAAAAUGCCAGGGAGAUGGAUUCCGAGGGUGAUGACAGGGGAGCUCUAGAGGUAUUGAGCACCGAGGACGGUACAAAUAGGUCCAUUGAUAUCAGGACUGAUUUGAUGAUGGAAAUUGGAAGACACUUGAGGAACAAGAGUCAUGUGGAGCAUAGGGGAAAAAUUGGGGAGGGAAAGGAAGCAGUCCAGAUUCUUGGAUUUGACAAUGAUGAUGAGCAAGCAAUCAACGUCUUCAGCAAGGUUUAUUUCUCAGGAACUGGCGAGGACUUGGUUUUCGAAUGGGUCACCACCGAGUGGUCCAAGUGCUCUCAGACUUGUGGAGGCGGUGGUUUUCAAAUGAGGGGUGCUCAGUGCACAGUUCGCUCGAACAAGUUAGUUAAUUCCACGAGAGUACCAUCGAGGAGUGUUAUAGGUGCUUCGUUGUGCGAAGACGCUGGAUUCCCAGUGCCACAGAAGGUCAGAGCUUGUGGAUCAGGAAGGUGUCCACAGUGGCACGCGGGAGAAUGGACUCCCUGUGAAUCGUCACGGUGUUUCAAUUGGAAAACUGCAAUGCAAAGAAGAGAUGUAACAUGCCGUUUAGUUGAAGACAUAAAUGGCACAACAAACGUAACAAUUCUCGAAUCAAGUAAAUGUGAUGAUGGAAUAAGGCCACCGCAACGACAAGAGUGUUAUAAUGACGUUUGCAAGGGGGUUUGGAGAGUUGGCGAGUGGUCCGAGUGUACCGCAUCGUGCGAAGAAGACGGUAUAAAAUAUAGAAUUCUCCAGUGUGUCUGGUUCGGAACGAAAAAACCGGCGGGAAAUGCCUGCAGGGACAUACCAAAUCGUCCAGCUGUGAUGAAAAUUUGUCACGGUGCCCCGUGUCCAAAAACUCCAGGUGACUGUGAGGACCACUCACCACUCUGUAAUAGGGUGAAAAUGAUGAACAUGUGUCAAGUACCACUGUAUCAAAAACAGUGCUGCAAGUCUUGCCACUAGACACUCAAAAAAAAAACUAUCAACAACUAAAACACCUUUCGUAUCCCUAUCAACGAAAGUAAGAAAGACAAAAAAAACAAUUAAAAGUUAGAUUGUUCAGAGCAGAUAGAACAAAGUUCUGAGCGAGUGUAGUACAUGAUUAAAACAAACACUACGAAAGGCCAGAAUAAGUGGUGAAUUGUCACCAAUAGACAGAUAAAAUUAUUUAUUUUGCGCACACUUCGAAUCUGUACCCCUUGCGAUAAAAAAAAAAAGGGAGUAACUGUACCUCGAAUUUUACGGAGCCACGAAAAUCCUUCUUCCUUGCAUUCCACGAGAAGAAUGAUAAUAAUUACCUGAGAAACGAUUGAGAUGUUGUUAAAGUUCAAUGAUAAAUUGCAAAAGAUUUAACCUGUCCUGAAAGGAUUAUUGAUGUAAAAUUUUAAUACUAAUAAUUUAUUGAGUUGUGAAAAUUAAUUUUUUUGACAAAUCGUACUGAUGGAUAUUAACGGUAUUAACUGGACAAUUUAAAUAAUUAUUAUCAUAACUAACUAGGUAAAAUUUUUUUAACAAAAAUCUACUAUCCAUUUUUUACAUACUCAUUGAAUAAUUUAGCCAUAUUUAAUGAAUAUUUUUGUUGAAUUCACAUGUAGAUCUUUUUUAAGACUGAAAGAGACAUUUACAAAUAUUCCUUUCUGCAUGAAAUGGGAAAAGCCCUUCAAUUAUCUACAUUCCAUGAAUGGAAAUGAAAAAAAUAAACCAUGAAAACUUUUCAAGUUGAUUUAACCUAUUGUCCUGUUAUCGUUGAAUUUUACGGUGAAUUAUUUGAUAGAUUAAAUUAUAUAAAUAGAUAUAAAGUAAAUGACACUGAGUAAACUAUUAAACGCCUACACACCACCCUCAAGGAUCGUACGUAAACCGAUUGAAUGUAAGCGAUAAAUAAGUAAUGUAAUAUAAUAUUUUACUAAGAUAGCCAGUGAUUAAAGAAGAAUAAUAAAUUAUUCAUUGAAUAUUUUAUCAUUCAUCGACGUGGCUCGAGGAGUACGUGCCUCUCUUUCAUAAAAAAAACCAUCAAUCAGAGCUCCUUUUAUCAUUUAAACAAUUGAACAAAAAAAAAAACUGUCAUUCUAGGGGAAAAUAAAUUUCAUGUAACUGCUAAUUCCAGCACUGAUGCAUUAGAUAUAAUAAUCGAAAGCUCUCGACGAAUUUGCCAUUAUCACUUAACGAAUAAGCGCCAAAAUUAUAUAGUACUUAAAAAAAAUAUAGUUAGACCUAAAGGAAUGAAAAAUAAAACCCUAACGUCGCAUAUUCUCACAAUGAUUUUUAUUUAUUUUUUAUUGAUAUCAAAUCAUAAAGGAGUGUUGAUUGGAAUUUCAUUUGAUGUUAAUUAUGAAUUUCGUAUGUCAACGCCGAAAGUAUAAUAACCUAAUUACCUAAUUAUAAAUUAGAUCAACGAUUUUUGUAUAUAACUAACACAACACAAUGUAAAAUGGUUACUGCAAUAUUAUCAAAUGAAGAGUAUUAAUAUUGUUCAUUGAAAUCUGUAUGUAAAUAUUGUAACUGCCUACGUAUAACUGGAUCGAAAAUAAAAUGGGGAGAAGGUAUAUCACUGCAUAAUAACAGAGUAAAUUAUUUUUAAAAAUUUUAAAGCCCCUUAUGUUCAAAACCUUCUAUUAUUCUGCCUAUCUAUUAUUUAUCAUUUUAAAAAUCCAAAUAUCCCUCAUCAUGAAUAUAACAUAAUAGAAUUAUCUGCAUUGUUCCACCACAAUUCAUUCAACAUUACCCAAAUAGUAACAAUUAUGUUAUUACUCUAUUUCGAAUAGUGAUAAUGACUAAUCUCCAGUAUAAUUGACAAAAUUAUGUACAUAUAAUCUAAGAACAAAUCAAGAUAGGAAUGAAAAUAUCAUGUU